AAUUUGUUUUCACAAGCGAUGUCCGACAAUUGCAAACGCUAUGUUCUCCUGUUUGGAACUGCUUCCGAUGUUUAUAUCUUAAAAGAUGGGAGUUCAACGCAGAAUUUUCCAAAAAUUCCAUUUUUCGAAAGAAUGUUUUGAAGUUAUGAAUGAACUUCGAAAAGAGAAAAAACUCUGUGAUGUCAUUUUAAAAGUAAACAAGAGGGAGUUUAAUGCUCAUAGAAUUAUUUUAGCAGGUGUUAGUCCUUAUCUAAGAGCAAUGUUUACGAAUGGUAUGUUAGAAACUCUACAAAAUGUUAUUGAGAUCCAUGGUAUUGAUGAAAAAACUAUGGAGAUGCUGAUUGAUUUUUCAUACUCUGGAAAAAUAGAAAUAAAUAUUGAGAAUGUUCAGCAAAUGUUAGCUGGCUCAACUCUUCUUAACAUUGAUAGUUUGAGUUUGGCAUGUACCAAGUUUCUUAGGAACCAACUUGAUUCUGCCAAUUGCAUUGGAAUAAAAGAAUUUGCUAAGAUAUACUUUUGUAGAGAUUUAGAAGAGCAUGCUACUGAAUAUCUUCAUCAAAAUUUUUUGGAUGUUAUAAAUCAUGAAGAAUUUUUGAAGUUAUCCUCAACUGAAUUAUUAGAACUUUUAACCAGUGAUAAGAUACAAGUCCGUAGCGAAGAAGAUGUGUUCUCUGCACUGGAAAAUUGGCUAUAUCAUGACUUUCAAAACCGAACGCAAUAUGUACCAGACAUUUUAAAAUGUAUCAGAGUUCCUCUGUUAUCCUUGGAAUUUCUUCAAUGCAAAGUUUUUUCAGCAAAUUUUAUUAAGUCGAACACACAAUGUCAGCUUAUAUUAGCCCGUGUGAUGAAUGAACAUCCAGAAAAAUUACCAGCAUAUCUGUGUACACCAAGAGCUGUACCACAGUCAAUUUAUGCAAUUGGCGGGAGGAAUAGUUUAUAUUGCCAACUUGACUCUGUUGAAAGAUACGACAUCUUCCAAGAUUGUUGGCACAUAGAGAAAAGUAUGAAUAUUGCACGUACAGCUGUUGCAGCAGCAACCAUGAAUGGGUGCUUAUAUGCUAUUGCUGGUGAACGUGCAGUCAAUGAACCACAUGACAACACCUUGUAUUUACCUUAUGUUGAAUGCUAUAAUCCAAUCUUACAACAUUGGUUUCCCAUAGCUGAUCUAAGCACUCCCAGAUCUUUUGUAUCUGUUGUAGUUUGCAAUGGAAAAUUAUAUGCACUGGGAGGGGAAGAUCGUAACUCUAGUUAUAAUAUUGUUGAAAGAUAUUCACGUAAGAAAAAUUGUUGGAAAAGAUUAAAACCAAUGAAAAAACGAAGGGCGGGUGCUGGUGUUACAGAACAUGAUGGAUGUAUAUACAUUGCUGGAGGGUAUGAUCGUACUGUUCACUGUGAUAGAGCAUCAGUUGAAUGUUAUUGUCCAGAAAAAGACGAGUGGACAUUUGUAGCAGAGCUUGAAAAAGCUCGCUCAGGACUUAGUUUGGUCUCACUUGACAAUUAUAUCUAUGCAAUUGGUGGUCGGAAUCGUGGAAGUGAUCAUUACUUUAAUGUUUGUGAGCGGUACAAUCCAUCAACAAUGCAGUGGGUAUCGAUUUCUUCAAUGAUUUCACCAAGAGCCUGGUCAGGUAUUGGUAUUUUAAGGAAUAAAAUAUUUGUUGUUGGUGGGUUCGAUGGUUUCAGUCGAUUAAAUAAAGUUGAAGUAUAUGAUGUUGAUGCUGAUGAAUGGAAAGAAGUGGCUAAUAUGAACUUUGCACGGGCUGGCUGUGGUGCUGCAGUAACAUGAAUUAUAAAGGAUUAAAAUAUUUUUAAUGUAAUAUUAGAAAGAAACUUAAAAAAAUAUUUUUUCUUCUAAUUUUUAUAAAUAACUGUUCAGAGAGAAACAUACAUGUAUAUAUAUUUACAAAUUUGUUGCAGUUAAAAGUUUAUUAUUGUUCUUAUAAAUUAAUUUUUUUAAAAAGUAUAUAAUAUAUAUACAUAUAUCUAUAUAACGCUAAAUAUAAGUUAAAUUUUUCAUGUUUUGAUAUAUAAAUAUUUUUUGCGUAUAUUUUUAGAAUAUAAAUAUGGAUUUUAUUAAAUGUUAAAAUCGUUUUUUUUGUUUUUUUGUAAACAAUUUUUUUUAUUUGUUUGUUCCUAUAAAUGAAAUGAAUUUAUCUCAUUCUUC